CUGGUGGUGGCGGUUCUCCUGGUGCUGGCGCCCAUCGUGGACGAGCCCCAGAUGGAGUACCUGUACGUGGGUUUGUUCGUGCUGAGCGGGGCCCUGCUCUACGUCCCUUUGGUCCACUUCAGGCUCUGCCCCGGACUCCUGAGCAGGGUCACCGUCUUCCUGCAGCUCUUCCUGCAGGUCGCCCCGGCUGAGAAGAGCCUCUGA